AGCUGGGGCCCGCGACUUUUCACACAGUCUCCCUGGAAGCCUCUCCUGUCCUGCUAUGGAGUGGACGGCGAAGGGGCGCUUACGCAGCUCUCGGUCGGUGAUGUGCAGGCCGUUCUCGGACUUUGCGUGAACGAGGGCAUUAAUAAUAAGUACGACUGGAGUGACGUUUUUCCGGUUGACAUUGAGCCUGAGAUGGUGGUGUGGACUCGAGCCACUCUGAAACUCGUCGAGCAGCAGCUGACACCACCUUGUGAGGACCGUCUGCAAGAGCUGCUGAGAAACGCGGUGGAAUUGGCCCGGGGUGAGGUCCCUUUGCGGCACCUGAUGAUGUUCUGGACGAGCGUCGGCAAGGUCCGGCUGACUCUACAUGAGCGUCAUGUCGACGGUGACGCUGAGACCGCGUCGGUAGCCAAGUUCGACGUUGGCCCUAUCAUCAGCCCAGUCAACGAAGACGGCGGGCGCAUCCGUUUUCGGCACACGCCUCCCAUAAUGCUGAGCCGCGAGUUGUACAAACAACACGGCGGCGAGUUUUACGCCGCGGUGGUUGAGAUGCCGGAGAUGGUGGUCUGCCCUGCGGAGACGCUCCGAGAAGAAGAACCCAUAUUUGAGGCCAUGUUGGCAAUUCUCAUUCUUGUCAAACAGGACAACAAUACCUUUGCCAGGAUUCAGGCGGCCAUGGUUUGUACAACAAAAUGGGCGCUUUGUCGGCCGGAAGCCGGGCUUGUCGUGCUGGUCUGAGGGCACGCGGAUUCCAUCAGGGAGGAUAAGGGAGCCGUACCAUGUAUGUUUUCAGUGCCGAGUGCAAAUGCGGUUGCAAAGAAAGUCAGCGAGGAUGGAUGGAUGGAUGGAAUUUAUUUCGCCCGGAGGCGCGAAGCCUAAAGGGCCUUAGCACGCUAACUACAUCCAAUUCGUUGACGUCCAACCAUCAACUCGUACAGGCCCUCUACUCUCUCCCCUUUUCUCACGCCACCUGUUGCCUCUUGACUUAGUUCAGCAGAUCGACUUGGAG